CUGUCGUGACGCGGGCCCCGGGGGCGGGGGCGGCGUUCCCACUGUUCGCUGGACUGGGUGUCAUCGGGCUCCGAGGAGCGGCGGCCGGGGCACUGCGGGGUGUCUGGUGUCGGGCACGGCCAUGGCGGGCGCGCUGGUGCGGAAAGCGGCGGACUAUGUCCGGAGCAAGGACUUUCGGGACUACCUCAUGAGUACGGUAAGAAAAUUGUUCUCCUUCAUUUCAAGCUUUUGCAGACUUUCUGCACUAACAGAGCACUUCUGGGGCCCUGUAGCCAACUGGGGUCUUCCCAUUGCUGCCAUCAAUGACAUGAAAAAGUCUCCAGAGAUUAUCAGUGGGCGGAUGACAUUUGCUCUCUGCUGUUACUCCUUGACGUUCAUGAGAUUUGCCUACAAGGUGCAGCCUCGAAACUGGCUUCUCUUCGCCUGCCACGCCACAAACGAAGUCGCCCAGCUCAUUCAGGGGAGUCGCCUUAUCAAAUACGAGAUGACUAAAAAGGCAUCAGCGUAACAAGGGAAAAUGAAAAACCAGCUGUUGGAAGGGAAGCUAUGCCGCUGCUGAGUCAGUCCGCCUCACGAUAGGCUCGCUAAGGAAAACAGGCUGGCUACUAUUUUUACUAACCAGUUUUUCUAGAAAUAGCUGAGAGUCCCGAAGCCAACUCUCUGCUGCCUUACAAGUACCGAAUAUUUCACUUCUCUUCGUAAAGAGUAGCUCAAAAUAUGCAAUCGAUUUAGUAAUUCCCGAUGAUGGUUUUAUCUGCGGUAAUACGGAUAGUACCUGUUAGAGUUUACUUAACGAAAAACCGAAGAGAACAUCGUUUGUAAUUGUUAGCAUUUAAGUACUCAGAAUUCUUAACUGUAAUGACCACGAGACCGACGGCUGGCCACAUACUCCAAUCUCAUUGCCAAUGUUUUGAAAAAGUGUGUAUUUCCGUGCAGUGUGUAUAUUGAGCUGCUGGAACUUAAUGGCAAUAAACGAUUCAAAUGUUUGUCAAA